AUGUCAUCAUGUACGAAAUUCAUUUUUUCACACUUUCAUUCGAGUGUAUGUACAUUUAAUUAUAAUGAUUCAUGUUUGACUGGAACUCGAUGCAAAGUUACAACAGUACAAGAUUUCGCAAGUUUUGAUCCAUUUACAGAACAAAUAGCAGAGGAAUUAUAUAAAACAUAUAACAUCUCACCUUUUGUUGUUAUUGCUAAAUGGAAUCGAAAAACAAUUGAUUUCAAUCGUGGAUUAGAAGAAGCGACAUUUAAUCAUCCGAAAGUAAUAAAAGCAUAUAAUGGCUAUCAUGAUGAAUUUAAGUCGCAAAGACGAUAA